ACUAGUGAGUAAGAUAAAGUCGUUUACUACAGUUUUCUACAGCUAACAAAAUAAAGUUCUUCCGUCUGUUUGCCAAAGAAUGUUUCAUUGUUAUCUAGAGCAAGUCCUUCCUCUUGUUAAAAGAUGUAUCUGAAACCGACGUAAUUAUUAACAUUAGCACUUGUGGUAGAGUUCUCUACUUGAAACAAUCUUUCUCUGCAAUGGCUAGCUCAGAGACCCCUACGGGAAGUCUCUCUAAACUAUAUAGCAUGAAACCAGAUUAUACUUGUACAAAAUCCAAAAACCGGGGGUCUUCUAGUGGAGUUAUAUCAUUUUCCGUGGCUUCUUUAUUGGCAGACCGUUCUCCAGCUUCGACUCCCGAACUCUCUCUUUCUCCGACUGUUGGGAGUCCGGUUUCGACUCACUCAGAGCUUACGAGCGGCCGAGAUUCUGCUUCCUCGCCAACAGUUAGAUUUAACUUCACGAAAAGAUUUACAGUUGAAGGUUUACUUGACAGGUCAGUACGAAGGUUUCGGACAGUACCGCCCAGUGAUUCUGUCUCUGAUACUUCCGUGUGUCACCCUGUAGCCUUGGAUUCUCCUCUGACCACGACCUUUCCGUGGAUACAUGCUUCUCGGACAUUUUCUUCCUGCUCAAAAUCCGGAGAGAUUCCAAAACUUCCGCCCAUGAAGUGCCAGCUACGGAAGCACAAGAGUAACCGGAAACCUCGAACACCGUUUACCACUCAACAGCUGAUGGCCCUGGAGAGGAAGUUUCGAAGGAAGCAGUAUCUAUCUAUCUCUGACCGGGCCGAGUUCUCGAGCUCCCUGAAUCUCACGGAGACCCAGGUGAAAAUCUGGUUCCAGAACAGGAGAGCCAAGGAAAAAAGGCUCAAGGAAGCCGAGCUGGAGAAGAGCAGGAUAGCUGCAAGACCUCUUCUAAACAAUUUUGGCUUUGGAUUACCGGUGACGUUCCUUUCUGAGGUACCUCCAGCAACACACUUAAGUUCCUUUGCCGAAGGGAUUCGACCGAUCCUAGCUCCCUUUAUAACUACUUACCCUAUGUACUCUUUCAGUCCUACUUCUUCAGCACCUUUUGCUAUAUGCCCUUAUUGAACUAUUCCAACAGCUCUGUGCAAUCACCAAACAAGCAUGCUAUGACAAAGAGGAGGGCACCCAUCACCCCUUCAUUAGGUUUGGCUAAGGAGAAGGUGCUAGUUGCUGAAUCCAACUUGCGUUGGAUCAGUUUUGCCCACGGAUAAUACCAUUGGAUGCCCAUGACGAUAGCAAUGUCCUGUUUCUCGAUGUGCAAGGAGUCUGAAUCGUGUACAUAUACCAUCUUACAGAAGACGCUGUAGUAAAUUCUUUGAACUUUGUGUAAAGACUGGUUUUCACGUGUUUUGUAAGUAGAAAUCUGCUGAACAU